AUGUCAUCUAAUGAUAUUGAUGAUGAAGAAUCCGUUUUGGCUUCUAGUUCUGAAACAGCUAGUAGUAAUAAACAACAAAAAGCAUCUGGUAGACCUUUUAAUCCUGUUUGGAAUCAUUUUAACCAAAUAGAAAAGAAACAAGAAGAUCUUCUUAAAUAUGUCAAAAAUCAAGAAAUACCUUCAAAAAGACAAAAGCACUUAGAAAAUGGCAUGUGCCUUGCAUUUAUUUGUGCGGGUAUUUCAUUUAAUGCUGCUAAAAAUAAAAUUGUUUGUGCAUGGAUUCAGGAUCUUAAACCGGGUUUUAAAAUCCCAACUAAUUCAGCACUUGAAAAUGAAAUUCAAAUUAAUAACAUAGUAGGUGGAGGUAUUAAACGAUAUGUUGCAACUCGUUGGUCAAGCUAUUACGAUGCGAUUUGUUCAAUUCUACAUCUAAAAGUUGCAUUUGUUCGAGACAACUUGCUUCCUACAAAGAUAAUGAAUCACCUUUUAAUGAUUCAUUUGAAGCUGAUUGUUAAACAUUGCAAACAUGAAAAAAUUUCUUACAUUGACCAUGAACUUACUUUAGAAGAUAUUUUAAUCGUAGCAAAUGAAACUGGAGAGUUAAAUAGUAAUGACUCCAAUGAAGAUUUCGAUAAAGAUUAUGUUGGAGUUAGUGAAGUAGGGUUUAAAUCGCUUGAUGAAAUUUUGAAAUUAGAAGAAGCAUUUGAUUUUAAUUAUGAAAUUUUUAGAGAAAAUAGUAAAAACAACAAUGCCAAAUUGGGUUCUGAGGAUGUAGUUGAAGAAAAUCCAAAUUAUGAUUACAAUAUAGAUAGUUUAGUUGAUGAAAUUUUUACCUGA